UUCUUUGUUUGUCAGUUAGAGUUUGACGUUUAAUGUUGGUGGUGAAAAAUUUCUAAAAAAAAAGUUUCUUAUUGCAAAAUUUUACGAUUAAUUUGCAUUUUGAUUUUAAAACUUCUAUUUGCGAAUCGCUUGUUAAAUAACGAUAUAAAAUAAAUUAGAUGGUGCAAAGAUAUUUUAUUAAUGUGUAAAACUUAUCGAAAACAAAUCUGUUGUGAUGUGAAAACCAAAAACAACUUGUAUAUUAUACGUGAAUUUCAAAAUAGAGAACUGUACAAACGACUUUACUAAUAAAUAUAUCUAAAAGAAACCCUGGAAAGAAAAUCGAUCUAUGUCUAUAAGUGGCAAAUUAUCUCCAAUCUUGGACCGUAAAUAGCAUACAAAAUCAUUACAGACAACGUGUCCACGCCCACUGAAAAAACAUAGUUAAAUGAAUGUAAAAUUCAAUGCAAAAAACUUCUUUAUUUUUGUUAUAUUUACUUGUCAAAUAACCAAAGAGGGAUUCUGCCAUAAUAUUCAAAAAUAAUAACAAAUUCGAACUGAAGUAAGACAGGAGCAUUUCCAUAUGUGCGAUCAAAGCAAACAAAAAUUUAUAAACUGUGACCGUAGUUUAAUAUUGUUAGUGACUCAACAAUUGAAACAGUAUCCGCAGAGCUUAUUCCACUACUAUUUGUGGCGCUUCUUCAGCAACAUUAAUUUUUACAAGUUUUCAGAUGGUGACGAAACUAUUGCAAGUACUUAGUACUUUAAAGUAUAGAUCGAUCUUUUUAUGGAUUGUUUUAAAACUUUGGUCACUACUUAAAAUUAAUUUGAUAUUAAGCAUUAAGCGUUAUGUUUGAUAAAAGUCAAACAGAGCAUUAUAGCUUUAAUUUUUAUUAACAUAAAUCAAAACUUCAAAGCUAAGUACAAUUACGUAAAACUAUUUUUACUUGAAAUAAAUCGAAAAUAAGUAAAUAUACAAAUGAGUGCUAGUAUGAGACCACAAGAUGGACAGGCGGGGUCGGGUACGCGCCCAAAGAUGAAUGCUUCUAGUGAAUUAUUGACAAAGGAAGAGAAUGACGUUGUCUUCAGUUUGCUGGGCAAAAAGUGUCAGACGUUGAACACAGCGGUGGUGCAGAUCUACAAAACGGAGGGUUCCGCUCACUCGCAUUGGAAGAAGAAGCAUACUGGUGUCGUGUGUUUUAUAAAAGAUAGUGCAAAACGAUCGUACUUCCUGCGCGCUUACUGUUUAAUAAAAAACGAACAGAUUUGGGAGCAUGAGUUGUACGACGCUAUGAAAAUAAUUAAAGCUCGACCUUUUCUUCUCACCUUCGAAGGUCAGGAUGGACACGUGGGUCUGAAUUUUGUUUCGGAGGAGGAGUGCGAUUCAUUUUACAGGGCUGUGGAUACAACAAUUGAAACAAGAAAUAGAAAGAAAUUAGAAAAACGGAAUCGUGCUAAAGCGCAAGUGGCCCCAAACAUUCCCCCUCCAGUAAAUAGGGACCCAGCGCGGCCAACGCCUGCAAUCAAUCAAACCACAACAGAUUCCAGCGUACAAUUGCGAAACCAUCCUCAAAAAAUUAAUUCGGUUACACUUACUCCCGGUCCCAACCUGGUGGCACCAUCAAAGAAUUUUCUCAGCAGUAGUUUUGGUCUCUCGGGUUCAUCCGGCAAGGACAAAAAGAGGAAAGUUACAAAGGCGGAUAUAAGUACACCGACAAAUUUUAUACACAUCAGUCACCUGGGUUGGGAUGCAGACAAGGGUUUCGAUAUAACGGGCAAUGAGAAUGACGAAGUACUCACAAGCUUCUUUGCGAAAGCUGGUGUAUCCGAGAAUGAGCUGAAAGAUCGGGACACACGUGCUUUCAUUUACGACUUCAUUCAGAGCAAUAACGUGUUAGCAUCGGUGAAAUCGGAGCGCGUUGAAUCACCAAAGACUACUGCACCCCCAGCGCCCCCACCUGUGCCAAGUCGUCAUCAGCAUCACCAAAACGGUUCAACUGUAAGCCAAAGAACAGCACCACCACCACCGCCUCCGGCAAGGCAACCACCUCCACCGGUGCCCACAACAGUGCCAGGUGCGACACGUGCACCAGCGCCACCUACUAGACCGCCACCCAUUAACGUUGCUCCACCACCACCAGCACCACCUCAACCUAUAGUGACUGCACCAGCCGCAGCACCACCGCCACCGCCUCCGCCACCACCUCCACCACCGGCAAUUGCUGAAACACCAUUAACAAAUACGACUGAUUCACCGGCGGUUGAAACAAAGCGACCAACAGCACAAUUGCCAGUUGUACCAGACGUUCGCAAUGCACUCAUGGAGAGCAUACGUAAAGGCAAAACAUUAAAGAAAGUUGAUACGGCUGCACUCAGUACAGGCAGUGGAGAUUCGCAUAGCGAUCUUAUGUCUGAAAUUCGCGGCGGAUUUGAAUUGAAGCCAUCGCAUGAUCGUACGCCAGCUAAUCGCAAUAGCGACGACGCCACAGACCCCGCUGGAAGCGAUGCUCUGGCCGUCGCCUUGAGACGAGCGUUGCUUGAGCGCGAACGCGUUAUGCAGCCAUCAGAUGAUGAAAACGACGAUUCGUCUGGUAAUGACGAUGAGUGGGAGGAUUAAAUGCUGAAUUAAAUAAGUUAUUUGCAACAGAGUUGUGAUGUAAGCAUCUGUACGUUAACAAUGAUUCAAUGCAAACGAAUGCAUUAUAAAGUCAAGUAUUUAAUUGAUAUUUCGUUGACUAAUUAAAUUCUAUCUAAUCUAAUCUAUGUAUAUAUCUGUUAUAGCGAUCUACAAUAUUCAUAUAUACGAGUAUAUCUACAUAUUUUUAUUAUUUAAUUAUUGGUUUCUUGAAAAUGGUGAGGCAAACAGAAAUCGUAUAUUCAAUAAAGGAAAUGACUAGAACUAAGUUGGACUUACAUAAAUAAAAAUUGAGAAAUUUUUCCAAUUCUAAUUUCUUGUAAUCAUCAUUGGGUUUAUAAACAUUAAUGGUUGGCAUUGCUAUAGCGCGGAGGCAUAUUCUUCUUAUGUGAAUGAUUUAUAUACAAUUGCUAGAUAUCUGUUAUCUUUAAUUACUUAUUGACAGACAGUAUACUUACAUACAUAGUACAGAUGUAAAUUGCAUAUCCCUGCUCAAUGAAAAUAAAAAUUUCUUACUCCUAAGUAGCUAAUAUUACUAUAAAGAUAUAUCUAUUUAAGCAGUGUUUUUGGUACCAGAGAUAUCCAAAACAAGUGAUAGAAUUAGGGAAUGUUUCAUAUGGGAGUGAAACAAAGUUAAAGCCGUAUUACAUAACAAAAAACCACUGUCGAUUUGAAAGCUAUGAACAUUUGUACAAAAAUAAAAAAUGUAAAUGAAUAUUAGAAAAUUUGUAAUCGAAUCUGAUAAAUGGUAAACCCGUUGUGGUGGUGAAUGCAAGCAUUGUAGGUUAGCGAGACGCAUUUUUAGAAAUUUUACAAUUGGAAAAAAUAUAUUACAAUGCUAAGGAUGGUCACAUUAAAAGUAGACAGUUUUUAGUCUCUGAAUUCAUAGAACUGGUAAUUCAAUAUUUGUCAUCCUAAUUCCGAAAAAAGAUGUACAUAUAUACAAAUCUGUACUUCUGCAGUAUAAAAAGUGUUAAGAAACCGAAAAAGGGAAAAAAUUUAAAAACAUCAUUACAGCUAGUUAAAACAUUUAAGUUUCUUAUUUUCAACUUUACAUGAACUACAGUUUUCAAUUAUUAUGAUAUACAUAUAUAUGUUUGACUGCAUUGCUUGGUUUCGUUAUGCUUCUAAAAGUUGACAUAUCCGAAAGCACAGCUUUGAGUGAAUGACCAAUCAAAAAUAAUUUGGUUUAAUACUGUUUUCUGCCGCUUUUUAUGAUGACUUAUUGUGACGGUUCAGAAGUUCAUCGGAGUUAUUUGAUAUUUGAUUAUUUGUAAAAACAAAGAAAUUAUUGACAUUUAAAAUUUUUAUUUCAAAUACUACAUAUUUUUAUAAAAUACAUAUAUGUACAUAAGUUGUUGGUGUGCCAAAAGAUUGUUCAUAGAUUUUUAAAAGUUAUUAACGUGUGUAUAAAAUGUACAAGUUAAUUAAAAUAUGAAGUAAAGUCAAAACAGUUGAGAAGUUAAUUAAUCAGCGUCUUCGAAGAUUUCAAAUAAAAAAAAAAUAGUUUAUAAGUUUAAAUGACAUUUGCCGUAAUUCUAAAUUCCGAUUAACUAACUUUUGAAAAUUUUAAAACGUGCCUAUUUACACAAUUAAAAAAUAAGAUAUUUAUAUUUUGUAAUUUUAACACAUUUUAAAUAUUUAUAUUUUUAUUUGUAAUUAUUUUUCAAUCAAUAUCAGCAAAGGAAUUGUGAACUUCAUUAAAACUGACCAGAAUAUAACUGAACUAAUAUUAAUAUACCUUAAGUGAUAUUAACAAAUAUAAAGCAAAAAUUAUUAUACUAGCUAUAAUGAUGCACCCGGUAUACAACACAACAAAAAAGAAAUAACAAAAACAAAA